GAGGCGUGGGUCCUUCCUCCAGGAGACAGAGGAGAGCUUUGUGCGCGGGCCUCGCAGCAUCUCAGCAUCUCCGGCCGCGCGAGGCCGGCCCGGGGCCAUGCGGGGCCCGCUGCUCUCCACGCUUCUCCUGGCCGCGUUGUGGCAGUUCUGCUGCAGGGCUCAGGGCGCUGGGCUGUCAGACACAGCAGCUGAAGGAAGUCCUGGAGAGGUGGCAGAAGUGCACCAUCGUAAGCAGGUUUGUCACUGGCCUUGCCAGUGCCCCCGUCGGAAGCCCAGCUGCCCGCCUGGAGUGAGCCUGGUGAGGGAUGGCUGCGGAUGCUGUAAAAUCUGUGCCAGGCAAGCAGGGGACACCUGCAACGAAGCUGACCUCUGUGACCCCCACAAAGGGCUGUACUGUGACUACUCAGCGGACAGGCCUAGGUACGAGACCGGAGUGUGUGCAUAUCUCAUGGCUGUGGGAUGUGAGUUCAACAGGGUGCAUUAUCAGAACGGCCAGGUGUUUCAGCCCAGUCCCCUCUUCAGCUGCCUGUGCGUCAGCGGGGCCAUCGGAUGCACACCUCUGUUCAUACCAAAGCUGGCCGACAGGCGCUGCUCUGGGGCUAAAGGAGGAGAGAAGACUGAUCAGUCAAAAUGUGGCCUGGGGUCCUCACAGAGACAGCUCUCAACAAGCUACGAAACAAUGCCAGCAUAUAGGAAUCUCCCACUUAUUUGGAAAAGAAAAUGUCUUGUGCAAGCAACAAAGUGGACCCCUUGCUCCAGAACAUGUGGGAUGGGAAUAUCUAACAGGGUGACCAAUGAAAACAGCAACUGUGAAAUGAGAAAAGAGAAAAGACUAUGUUACAUUCAGCCUUGUGACCGUAAUAUAUCAAAGACAGUAAAGAUUCCCAAAGGAAAAACGUGCCAACCUACUUUCCAACCCGUUAAAGCUGAAAAAUUUGUGUUUUCUGGAUGCUCAAGCACUCAGAGUUAUAGACCCACUUUCUGUGGAAUAUGCUUGGAUAAGAGAUGCUGUGUGCCUAAUAAGUCUAAAAUGAUUACCAUUCAAUUUGAUUGCCCAAAUGAAGGGUCAUUUAAAUGGAAGAUGCUGUGGAUUACAUCUUGUGUAUGUCAGAGAAACUGCAGAGAUCCAGGAGAUAUAUUUUCUGAGCUCAAGAUUCUAUAAAAUAAAGCACAAUGGGGAAAAGUUAAGGUUAAUCAUGUCAUUACAUCAAAAUUUAAAAUGGUUUUAAGAGGGUGGCAAAUUUGCCUUAUUAGUUUAAAACAGUAAGAAUGCCUGGCUGUUCUCAGAUAAUUGUAUUUAAGGCAUUACAAGCUUUAAAAAAGGUUCUCCUAAAAAUAUAUGUAAAAUAUGAAAACCUUAAAAUUGGAGCUCUUAAAAUGUAUAAUUAUGUAAUGGUUCCAUCUACAUAUUCCAUGAAAUGAAAAAUUAUACAAUUUACAAGAGAACAUUUUAUUCUAUAAGAUUUUCUAGAGUAAAUCUUAAACAGGAGUAAGAUUAAGCUAUAAAUAUAUUUAUUAUUUCCAUUGCCCUAUCCUGAAUAUCAAUUAAGAUUUCUUUUGGAAGGAAAAAAUGGAACUUCUCUGACCACUGUUGACAGUUAUUUAAAUUUUUAUA